AUGAUAUUGACGAGAAGUGCAAGUGGACUGAAGAACAGAUCCGAGAGGCAAUCGGAUCAUGCAACGGUGAUUUUCCGUGUCUUUGCGCAGACUAAAGACCCGGGGAUCUUGCGGACUGAUGUACCUAGAGGGUUGUUUAGAUUGUGCAUGUCAACAUUUCUUUCUAGUUGCCCGGCCCUAACCCCCAGCAACGACCCCCGACAAGUCCACGCAAAACCAUACAACAACUAUAACACGGGACUCAUUCCUCAAUCUGUCCUCAAGCAUAGAGUACAUCUCCUCGCGGCCGAUUCUAAGAAAGUCAUCACAAUCAACCCACCCAGCGUGACCCAAACAUACGGCACCCAGCCCUCCCACGAAACAGACAACCCCGUUAACAUCUCCGCCUUCGGAGAGACAGUCAAAGCCCCCCUGGGUUCCGUCGUUUAUGGUAGAGCCGGCGACAAAGGAGCCAACUGCAAUGUGGGCUUUUACGUGAAACACCAAGAUGAAUGGGACUGGCUUAGGACAUUCCUUACGACGGACAAGAUCAAGGAGCCGCUGGGACCGAUUGAGUAUUCCGGAAACCAAACCGACCGAUUCGAGAUUCCUGGCGUAAGAGUGGUGCAAUUCCUGCUUCAUGAUCAUUUUGAUCGGGGCUAUAGUUCGUCUUCGAGUUGUGAUGUUCUGGGGAAGAAUACGUGCGAGUUUCUGCGGUCGAAGACGGUUGAUGUUCCCAAGGUGUUUUCGCAACGUUAUUAG